AUGCUCGGCCCCAUAGGGCAUCUACCCCGCCUUGUACGACUCACCCUUCUGGCAACGGCACUGGUUGUCCUUCCCACUCUCUACUUUCUGUAUCCAUCCCCCGAACGGCUUCCCUCACCCGGAGAAUGGCAAGCAGGAGGUAUAGAUAGUGAUCACUGGAGAAGUCCUGUCAAGCCGGCUUUCGGCGAGUACGAGCUUGAAGAAGGACGAGGGUGGGAUGACCAAAGUGGCGUUGGAGGCUCAAGAGGUUGGGGGCAAGGCAAGAAGAAGGCCCCAGAGAUAGGCCAGGACGUGAUUCAUGGAGGGGUCAUAAUGCCGAAACUGGGCAAUGCCACUGCGAAGGCUGAGCUAGGAAGAUCUGCUUGGAGGGUGCUGCAUCUCAUGACCCUGAGAUAUCCUGAGGAACCGACAGAAGAUGACCGUCUAGCACUCAAGUCUUAUUUCCACCUCUUCUCUAGACUGUACCCAUGCGGAGAAUGUGCUCAAGAAUUCCAAAAACUGUUAAAGGAGUUUCCCCCGCAGACAUCCUCGAGAAAAUCCGCCAGUCUUUGGUUAUGUCACGUCCACAAUCAAGUCAAUGCUCGAUUAGGAAAGCUCGAGUUUGACUGUCUGACUCUUGAUGCCACCUACGACUGUGGCUGCGGGGACGAAGGUAACUCGACCUCCACAUCUGGACUUGUCCCCGAUAGUGACAGGAAUGUGGUCAAGGCCAUGACCGCAGCAGUCAAUGACCCCGAAAUUCUUGACGACGGUGGCCAAGCUCUGCAAGGGGAGUUUGAGCUUGCUGCGUCCGCCGAAGGGGUCGGCCUCUCAGCUGAUCAGGUGGAUGAGUCAAAUGUACUGGACAAGGAAAGCGAAGAGCUGAACCGCCAGGACCAAGUCGGGGAACUCGAGUGGAGGAAGAGUCAGAAUCUCAAGCAGAUCGAAUGGGAUCAGGAGAAAGCAGAGCAUGGCGUCGAUUAG